AUGACAUUUUGUAUUAAUAUAAAGCAUUGAAAAUAUAAGUAUGUAACUCAUGGAAUUGCUCUCAAACUCUCCUCUUUUUCCGCUGUAUGAGAUUUCGCAGUACUACCGCUAACAGUGGAUCCCGAUGCUUCCAACACUUCGUUCCCGUCUCCUCUCAUCUUUCGUGAACGUUCAAGUUCCGCUGAAGGCAUUCUCUCAAAGCUUCCAUAAAAACCAUGGACGCUCAAGUUUUUCUCUAGCUGGCAUACUUCAAGGUCAUGUUGGAGUGACAUCAAAUAGAAAUGUCUAUAAGGGAAUUAGGACUUUUUGUACCACUGAAGACUUGUCGAUCAAAAAGUGUGUGCCGUGUGAAGCAAAGGACUUGAGGCCUAUGACUGAAGGAGCUGCAAAUGUAUUGAUGAAACAGGUACCUCAAUGGAAUUUGGUGAAUGAUGGCGGAACUUUGAAGCUGCACAGGUCCUGGAAGGUCAAAACUUUUGUGAAAGGAAUGGCCUUUUUAGAACUGGUUGCUGAUCUUGCUGAAACAGAAGGUCAUCAUCCAGAUCUCCAUCUUGUCGGAUGGAACAACGUGCGAAUUGAUAUAUGGACACAUGGCGUGGCAUAAAAAGAAUAAUGGAAUACUUGUAACAUCAUAACAAUCAUGUUUGGAAAAAUAAAUAAAUAACUAAUAAACAUAGUUUUUGAAAUCCUCAAAUAAAAACAUCACUACUUGUCAACACCCUCUGAGAUCAACACAUUUUCCAACUCUGGUUCAUCAAGGGAGAGUUCUGCAAACUCCAAAAAUCCGGUAUCUUCAAAAGAGUCAAAUCUGUCACCACCUACAUCCCACAUCUUUGUCCUUUCUUCUUCAUAUUGACCAGAACUUCUAGAUAAAAGACGUAGAUUGUU